CGUCAUUGCAUAUCGGUAUGUAUGCACGUCUUCCUGCCUUUCUCAUAAACUGGUGUAAGCUGAUCGGAGCACGUCGGAGUGAGUAAUACGUCGUUGGAUGAAAACGGCUGACUAUGUCCAAGAAGCAGGACAAAGUGGACAACGGCAUUGUUGCCGUCAAGAGCAAAUUUGACGCCGACAUUAUAAGAUUCUCGAUCAAUCGUAACGAGCCUACGAGUUAUGAAGAGUUCGGCAAGAUAUUGGGAGAACGCCAUGACAUACGAGCAGAUUUUCUAAUUUUCUACAUAGACACGGAUGGCGACCUACUUCCUAUAAAUAAUGACAACAAUCUGGCUAGAGCUUUGCUGGCUGCCAGGUGUCUGCUCAGAAUUUUUAUACAAAGGAAAGGUGAUGGAGCAUGGGACAACAAUGGAUACGCAACAAUGAAACCGAAAAACUUGAUAUCCAGUAUCUUGGGUGGCACACCGGGAAAACCAAAACCUAUAGCUAUUUCAAAUCCACAUGAUUUUAGACAGGUAUCUGCAAUUAUUGAUGUCGACAUACUGCCAGAAACUUGUCGACGUGUUCGUCUCUUGAAGCAUGGUUCCGAUAAGCCCUUAGGGUUUUACAUCAAGGAUGGUGAAAGUUUUCGCAUAUUGCCACAGUCUGCUGGUGGGGGAAUUGAGAAAGUCCCCGGAGUAUUUAUCAGUAGAUUAGUACCAGGUGGUUUAGCAGAGAGUACAGGGCUUCUAGCUGUAAAUGACGAGGUCUUAGAAGUGAAUGGUAUAGAGGUAGCGGGAAAAACACUUGAUCAGGUGACGGAUAUGAUGAUAGCAAACUCCUCCAAUCUUAUCAUAACUGUCAAGCCGGCAAAUCAGAGGGCGGCGUUGGCCGCACCUCGUCGUGGUUCGUUUUCACGUAAUAGUCAAUUGUCAUCGGGAAGUCGUCAGUCUACACAGAGCGCCGGUAGCGACGAGGAAGCAGAUGAAAUAGUUGAUCUAACGGGUAUGACGAUGCAAGAGGAUACAGCAUCAGCGUCAUCCACUCAGCACCAUCAUUAUCACCAUCACCAUCACCAUCAAAACUACAGUCACGAUCAAGGUGUGCUACAUCUUUAGAGCGACAUUGCUUAAUUGUUACUGAUAAAUAUCAUAUAAAAGGUAAUAUCUGAAUGUAAAAAAACUCAACGAUCAACGUAUUAAUUGAAUUAUGCUCAAUUUAAUAGCUUCUGUUAGCGUUAUUUGCAGCAGAAGUUAUUUAGAGAUAAGAUUCUACAGAAACGUAUAAACGACAAUAAUCGCGUUAAUUCUGCAGCUCAAGUUGGAGAUUAAAGAGCUCUUCGGUAGGCUUCUGACAAAAGAUUAAUGCAAGAAUGGAAAAAAAUCGUGGAUUGUGCUAAUAUAAGGCACAUAUAAAUCAAUAUCUUAAAACAAUUAAUGUUAUUCUAUGACUUCAAAUAUAAUAUUAUUCUAUAAGACGUUGACAAAUGAAUAUAUCUUGUAUUUAAAAAUCAUAGUAUAAACAUUAAAUUAUAAAAUAUCGAAAUAACAUCGAUACAAGAAUUUCAGAGCAGUAUUAUAAAAAUAUUGUGAUUGGUUGAGUUAAUACUUUUUAUGAGAAAAGCGUCGUAUUUGUAUUAUAAGAGACAAAAAUUGCAGGAUUACAAUCCAGUACUUAAUUAUUAAUGAUUAUAAUAAAUCAUUAGUCAAUCGUUGUGUUAAAUCUUAUACAUAAGAGAGAAAACAGCAAACUGUAUUAUAUUGUAUUUUUUUAUGAUGUAUUUCUAGUAGUACCUUUAAAAAAAAUCGCACUCAGCUUUCCUCGAUGGCAUGCGUAUAAGAUUUUUUUUUACAUCUACAUGUAUAUUAUCUUUUACAUGACAUUUAUCAGUAACAAUUAAGCAAUGUCCAUUUUGAAAGAAUUAGGAUACUUUAUAUUAUUACAAUUAAAGAAAGGAUUAAUAAUUUUUGAAGAAAGUAAAUUACAUAUAUGGCCAAUGAAAUUUCACUAAGCCAUCCUUUGUCGUAAAAUAUUAUUUGUCUAUGCAUACUUGAGAGAUAAUUUAUAAUAUCGACUGUAUAUUCAAAGUAUUAUUGUAACUUUUUCAUUAAUAGCUAGUUACUCGAAAUUAAUAUGUACUUAAUAGAUGUAAAAUGUGAUUUUUUUAACGAUAUGUAUAUUUUGACCUGAGGAACAAUGUGCUACUUAUCAUCCAGAUAAUCAUUGAUUAAUGACGUUGAAUUGUACAUAAUGCAGGGAAUAAAACUCAACAACUUUUCCGUAACUGAAAGAGGCCUUUAUCAAAUUAUGAUAAUGUAAAUAAUGAUCAAUCUUAUAUCGAGAAGAAUAUCGAUAUAAAUUUUAUAUGAUAUGUAACAAAAAGCAAAAAAAAGUGACCUUACAUACGAUACAUCAUUCCAGCUACUUUUAAAAAGGAUAUAAAAAUAAGAGUGUUCUCCUAUACACACGCCUAUUCGUGUAUGUAAUUCGUCUCCACCGUGUGUUUAGACUGUUGAAGUUUUCGAAUUUUAAUGUCAUUUUUAUAUAUGUUAUCUGUUAUUCUAUUGCGCAUUAUUAAAGAUUGAAAAUUUAAUGCGUUUUAAAGCUAUAGGUAAUUGAUGAAAACACCAAGAAAAGUCACUACGAUACUAUUUAUACGUAUGUAAAAUAUUCUUCGCAUGCCUGUGCCUUCGAUUGGAGUUGGAAUGAAUAUAUUCAGACGCAAUGUUACAUUCCAAUUAUAUUUAUAUCGUUGAAAAGAAAAGUGUUUCUAAGAAAUUUAUACUGCCUUUAUAGUUACGCAAAUUCAUUUUUAUAUGCGCUCGAUUCCACUUUUUCUACUUAAUUCGGAAAAUAUGUAUAUAUAUAUAUGUAUAUUCUAGGUAUUAUUUUAUAAAGUUUAGUUGCUCAUAAUGGCAAACAAUCACGUGUACUUCCGUAGUAAGCGCUAUUUUUAACAGGCCUUAUUGUUCCAUUGUCAAAUUAUCAAUCGCAUUAUUAAUUCUGUAAUCUCUGAAACACAUGUACUUUGCAUGUUUCUUUCCAAUUCCAUUAUUUUAAGAGUCGAAUGUUUAUACAGAUCAUAUAUAUAUAAUAUUUGAAGAGAUAUUUUUUAUGAAAAAGAUAUUUACGGUAUGUGAGUCGGAAAGAGUGCUUCAGUGAGAGAAUGGUUUUAGAGGAUUAUUAGCGUAAUUAUAAAACGAUCACGUUACAUUUAAUAAUCCGUACUUUAUUCCAUCGCUUUAGAGGAGGAACUACUUUUGUACUUACCGGAUAGAACAUGAACUUGGACAUAUUUUCGAUUAUACUAAAUGCUUUAUAGAAUCGUAGUUGUGCAGGGAGACAUCAGUGCUAAAUUAGUCAUCGAUACUGAAAUUAGAUAUAUUUUAAGCGAUAUGCGAUUGUACUCCUUAGUGUGAAUAAGAGAUAGUAAAUCACGGAGGAUGAAAGUACUUAUUACCGCUGUAAUUCUUUUUAAUGGCAGCUUAUAAAAUAAAAAUAUUUUAUUAUA